CGUAGUGAAGUAGAAUAUAAAGUUCUUCCUUGCUACCAUGGCGAUAUAACUAUAAAACAAACAGACUAGUCCCCUGUAGUGCAUUGCUUAUUUUCUCUCGAUAAAGAGUUUAUUCCAUUUUCGGAGUUUACAUAUAUAUACGAGAGAUUAACGAACCUGGGUCAUACGUUUUCGAGGCCUUGCCAACCAAGAAUAUUAUAAAUACUUAACUUAAGGUUAGUCUCAUUUUCACCGAAAUUGUAAUCUUCAAAAGGAUUUUAUGAAUGUGAAUGUAAAACUGUAUACAACACAGAGCUGAGUGAAUCAUGGWAAAGCUACUUGCAUCAGUUAUUUUUUUCACUCUGGGGUUUUCUCUUACCCUCGCUUCAAACUCAGAUAUAAUUUUCUUCUUCCCACUCAACUCUACAACGAUAUCCGGUGUGACCAAGAAUGGUUCCUGCACCAUUCUCACCUCCGCUUCAAUCCAAGGCUCUGCACUUACUACAGUAAAAGGUCCCGACUCAUCACAGAGCGAUCCAUCAGUGAAUCUUGCUCCAGACAACUGGGUCAAUCUUGGAGAUUUCAGCGGCACGUGUAUCAGUAACCCUGGGUUGUGUACUAGUGGUAUGACAGUUGUAUUCUGGGUUCGUCUWAAUGCCAGUGGGUCAGGAGACAGGCACAUCAUCAGUACAGGAAGGAUGGAUACAUCAAGAGGGCUUCAAGUGUUCUACACGAACUCUCACACAAACGUCAUCCUGUGUGAUGGCACAAAACGUUACCCAGCAGAAAUCUCAUUUCCUGGUGAUUGGACGCACGUAGUUGCAGUUUACAAUCCUGCUGGUACAACAGCUGCAGACAAGUUCUACGUGUAUGUUAACGGUACACAUAAAGAAACGGCCCGAUACGAGACGAGUUGUACACACGCUGACACCGAAACUAGYUUGUUGAUUGGCCACGACAAUACGAGCGCUCUCUUUGGCGGAAGACAGGUUGCUCUAUCGCAAUUGGCUUUCUUCUUCAGAUCAUUAAACCGAACGGAGGCUCAACAGAUGUAUUCUAGCCCGUCCACCGGAAUCCAACUGAAUUGUCYAGGUAAGAAAUUUUUUGCUCAAGAUUUCGGAGUAGUUAAYUUAGUUGUAGUAUUGAUGGRUUGCAAGCAUUCCCAACAGAGUUAAAAGACAAAAACAUAGCGGCCAUUGUGGUACCGUUAACAAUGGAUGCUAAAUGUUUUUGUUAAAUGGUACCAAAAUGGCCGCGAUGACGUAACAUGCAAACGAAGRAUAGGCUCAUAUCGGCAACUGAUAAACGAUCGAUCGCUACUAAUAGCAACCAAGCCCAUGUCUUAUCUGAUACUCUAAGACCUAUACUGAUGAACUUAAGGUUGGCGUGCUUCCUGGACUCUGCGCAGCGUUUGAUUAAAGAUCAAUGGUUGUCGCCCUCGACGUUCGAGGGCGACUCGCGUUUUUUUAUUUCAUUUCUCUGCAAUGAGUAAUGUCGGCUCAUCAAUAUUCAUAGAGCCUACGACUACAGCAGCCUCUACUAUAGCUAGUGCCUCUCCUACAACAACUGCUGCCCCUACCACUGCGGCCCCUACCACUGCGGCCCCUACCACUGCGGCCCCUACCACUGCGGCCCCUACCACUGCGGCCCCUACCACUGCGGCCUCUACUGUGACUACCACUGCGGCCUCUACUGUUGCUACCACUGCAGGGGCAGCUUCGAUCACGUCUAGUGCCGCUACUGGAGCAGCAKCAYCAUCCAGYMCUGCUGGUGUUACUCCUACUACUCCUACAGGAUCGUCAGGAUUACCUUCAGGACAAGGACAAGGACAAGGACAAGACAACGAUGAUAAAAGGCGUCCUCCCACUGUACUCAUACUGCUGUCCUUCUCUUUGUUUUUACUUCUCGUCAUCGUCAUCAUCCUCAUCAUUGGCUGCUGUAUCAUCGUACCCAGGGCCAAGGAGAAGGGAUACUAGUGCCUUUGAAGAAAGCAACGAUAGCUUAAUUCUUGAUUUGAGUCUUGAUUUUUCGAUCUUUAAUAAGUGUGGAUCCAGGAGGGUGUAUUUAGUGACUCGCUACCUCCCUUUAGAGGUGAAAAUAAUAAGAAUAAAUAUGAUGUAAAACCUAAGAAGGACGCUAUGCGAUGCCUUUUUAGGUAACAGUACAGUUACCCCCUUGAAAUCGUUCUGGAGUAUGCCACGUAAGCAAUAGCCAUGCCCUGACUUUUAUAAGCCCAGAAGUUGUUUCAAGGUAUCGAUAAGAUGUGAAUAUUUCAAUGAUAACAUAAAUCUGGACAGGCGAAGUCAUGUCGAGUCUAAAAUUUUUGAUCAUUAUCAGUAAUUAAAUAUUUUGAGCACUUUCCUUAAACCUGUCCUUUAAUCUUUUAUCCUUCUGACUUGGCAUACUAGUUUCCUUCAAUAAUCAUCAAGUUUUCUCUCAUAUAGUAUAUAGUCUUAGAUAUAGAGUAUUACAGUGGAUAAGUGACAUUGAAUUAUCAUUAUAAGGUAACGAAUCCAGAUCCCUGCAUGUCAAGCUUAACAUUCUUUUGAAUGAAGUUAGAUUUCUUAGAUUAUAGAUAGAAAGGGAUAUUAAUACUCUCCUUAUUGUACAUUAACACAUGCAUGACUGAUACAGAAUUUACUGUAAAUAGAAAGGGAAAAGGAAAAAAAGGAAUGAAGGAAAUGAUGAAAGAAAAAUAGCUGACAGGAAAAAGGAAUAAUGCAUGAAUGCAAGGAAAGAAGAAAGAAAGAGGUUGGAAGGUUUGGGAUGUUGCGUUGACUCGGUUACCGUGUCUGUUCUAUCAGUAAUUCACCAAUUCAUCUCUCGAAUCUUUGUUACCUUAUGUCCUUGUCUCACACGUACAACAAAUAAGAUAAAAGCUUUUUGAAAUCUGU